CCGAGAACGGUCUUGGAGAGAGGCAGGAAAAGGCUGAGGAGGGUACAAUAACUGACGGUGAGGGAUGAGGUCCACAGUAACAUGCUUACUCGUUAUACAGCAGCCGGUUUGGUUUGGAACCAGCUGUUUUGCCUAUCUCGUUGCAGGGCCAAGAAGCCACUCGUCACGGAGUACGUCACCCUAUGAGGACUACGACCAAAUGAUGCUUGACGGGUCAUUUCCGGCGCGUCGGGCCCAUCCGGACACAUGCAGGUGUCGGUAUAUCGCAGCAUAUGCCACGCAGCUGUCGCACGGCUCCUGGUGGAUCGCAUCGUUGAUGACCGGCGAAUAUAUCUUUCGUGCAGCCGCCCUGAGCCACCACUGCUUAUAUCUUCCGGCAUUAUGCAGUACGCGCGUCUGUCGAUGUGAUGCGUGAUAUUACUGUAAAGCAGGAAUCAGAAGUGUACUUCAGACUUAGCAGCUUUACAGAUUAGUAUAGGGGUCUUCAUGCUUACGCUCCGUAUGCUAGUAACAUUGGCCUGAUUUCUGUUCUAUAGUUG